UUUAUUUUUACGGUAGCACGUUUGCAUGGCAAGGUCGACUCACUCUCGCUCGAACUGUUGUCUUCGAGGUCUCGUGUCCAUCAGAGCUUCAUUCACAAAACGAGGAUGGACUCCAUUCCUUCCUCCCAAAAAUCCACAGAACAAGACGCCACCAAGACCAUCGAAGAAACUCAGCCAGACGAUGAAGAUUCUCUCUGCGACUGGGACGAUGACGAGUACGAACUCCCCGAGAUCCCUUCUGGAAUAGCGACCAACAACUCGGCCAAUGACGAUAAAGACGCCGCACAGCUGAAAAAGGAUGAACACCAAGAUGACGACUGGCUUGCCCCGAUCAAUGUGCGAAAUGCAGACUCGGAUCAAACAAAAGAUGCUGGCAAGACAUACCUGACCAAGCAAUUUCAGCGUCUGUGUACUCCCGUGAACAAGAAGAAGCAUCGAUGUGCUGUCUGCACAUGCCCUCUGGCGGAUGAAAACUUGACCGUCCACCCGAAAUGCGCGAGCUCUGCUUCACAGGGAAAAUGCGAUGGUGCCUCUUCCCGCAAGCCGCUGCAGCUAUCGAACAAACCGCACAAAACCGUGCGUUUUUCUGCCUCCACUGAUGAAGUCAUUGAAAUCCCAGACCGCUUUAGCGGCGAAACGGAGCUCUAAUAAGAAUGCAGUCGGUGGCAGAGUGCUUUGGAUCGGGUAGUGCUUUUAAAAUUAAUCAAGCCGUUUUCCAGAUUUGCUUUG